AUGGCCGUUUCGCGUUUGAAGUGUUUCACAGGCACCUUGUAUAUAAUAUGGGCUUUAUUAAAGAUGUAUGUCGUUGGCGGACUGGCCCUUGCAAGACAAAUUUUGCAGAGACACAAAACUGCAACAGAUCUACAUCUUCACACAGGAAAAGUAGCCAUAGUGACGGGAGGCUCCAGUGGGAUAGGGUUUGAAGUUUCCAAAGGAUUAGUAGCCAAGAAUGUCCAUGUAUUUAUAGCCAGUAAAUGUGUCACAGAAGGGAAGAUGGCAAUUAACAAAAUCAGAGAAGAAUUUCCUAAUGCCAAAGUUGAUUUCCUGCUGCUGGAUCUAGCCUCUCUAGAAUCUGUUAACAAGUUUGUGGACAAUUUCCUUGCUAGAGGGCUCCCUUUACACAUUCUGAUUAACAAUGCUGGUGUAAUGUUGAUGCCCUACAAAGAGACUGAGGAUGAGAUGGAAUAUCACUUUCAAGUGAAUUACUUGGGACAUUUAUAUCUCUCAAAACUGUUGCUAUGGAAGCUAUGUGAGUCAGGGGCAGAUAACUCACACUCCAGGAUAAUUAAUGUGUCUUCUGUAGUACAGAGUGUUGGAUGCAUUGAUGUUGAAAUGCUUGGAGAAAAAUGUAAACAUUGGUCGCAGUAUUCACCACAUGCAGCCUAUGCAGACUCAAAGCUGGCCAUUGUAUUAGCUACAUACUACCUUGAUGCAAAUCUAAGGGCAGAGAACUCUAAAGUAUCUAUAAAUGCUGUCCAUCCUGGUAUUGUUAACACGCCUCUGUACCGACAUGUACACUGGGGAAUUAAAUGGUUACUCGACGUGGUAGCUAGGCUGACCUACAAGACACCAGUACAGGGUGCAGACGGGAUCCUGUUUCUCGCUCUAUCAGACAGUUUAGAGGGAAGAAGUGGUGAAUACUUUGACAAUUGUUCUCAAGUUUCCUCAAAAGGAAUAUCGUACAAUAAAGAUUUACAAGAGGAAUUGUUUAAGAAAUCUACAGAAAUUGUGCAAAACAUUGUAAACCAAAAAUUUUACGGAAACCAAGACUAAAACAGAGAAAAAUAAAUGUCUUCUUUA